AUGGAGAAGAGGUCUGCUGCCAGUGCAGCUCGAGAUCAUUGGGCCAAGAGGGCCAAAAUUGGUGGAAGUGAGGCUAAAACCGGCAUACUAGAUACCGAGAAAGAACAGAUCGAACUGGUAGAGAAGAAAACUGGGGGUUCUAAAACGAGUCCGUUCCGUUUACUUUAUUGUCCUAGUAAUACUUCUAAAGAUGGGAACAACGACACUGUUAGACUUGGCGACUUGUUGGGUGACCCUGAAAUGAUUGAAACGUAUCAGUUCAAUUUCUCCGUGGAUAUCCAGUUGGUUUUAGAUUAUUUACAUCCCAAUUUCAUCACUAAUUUACGUCCACUCACCUUCAUCACGGGUUCAAAUAUCCUUGAUCCUGCCACCAAGAAGAUGUAUCCCUUCCUAAGUGAAGUGGUAGCUAGAUUACCCGAUAGGUAUGGUUCUCAUCAUACAAAAAUGAUGAUCAACUUCUUCCAUGACUCUAUGGAGGUGAUCGUCAUGACUGCCAAUUUCACUAAAAUGGAUUUUGGUGGGUAUACACAGAUGUGCUGGCGGUCCCAACGACUCCCUAAGGGUUCUAGUACCCAUAAGAAGGGUCUACAGUUCCAGAAAGAUCUCGGGGAUUACCUUUUGAAAUAUAAAGACACCAAAUUGACUAGUUUGAGUGGGCGACUUAAAACCUACAAUUUUGACACCAUUGAUGUCGAUUUGGUCACUUCAGCACCAGGCCAGUAUUCCUUAGAUGAUCUUAAAGAUGAUAGUGAGAUUUAUGGGUAUGGAAAGUUAUAUCAAGUAUUAAAACGAACCAAAAACCUUUCAACCACCAAACAUCAUAAUAUCCUAGCUCAAGUAUCUUCCAUUGCAUCCCCCCUUUCAUCCACAAAAACUCAAGUAUCUUCAAUAUUCACCCACCUUCUAUGUCCUGUGAUUGCUGGAGACUUGAAAGUACUACCACCGGGAGAACAACUGACCAAAUCUCAUCAACAGCUUUUCAACUAUAAACCUCAUAUCAUUUAUCCUUCCAUCCAAGAUAUGAUCAACAACGAUUUGGGGUUCAGGUCAAGCGAAAUGUUACAUUACAACUAUACCACCACUGCUGAUGGCCAGAAUCAAUAUAAACUCUUGAAACCAUACUUCCAUAGAUGGAAUAAUGGCCAAGAUAUUUCUGGUAGAGAAACCACCUUACCUCACGUUAAGAUGUUUAUGUGUGAUAACGGAGACGACUGGAAGUCAUUGAAAUGGGUACUUCUAACCAGUCAUAAUCUUUCCAAACAAGCAUGGGGGUAUGGUAGUGGACAAUGGAGAGAUAUUCAUUAUUAUAAGGUGGCCAGUUAUGAAGUAGGGGUUUUAAUUCUGGGAGAUCUCACUCCAGUGUAUAAGAGUGAUGGCUCAGAGGGGAAUGUAAGACUUCCGUUUGCUCUUCCACCUACAAAGUAUCAUAAACUAGAACAACCGUUCAGUAUACUCAAGAACUAUGGAGAUCUUAAGGAUAGAUUUGGACAGACAUGGCAUGGAUUGGAUGAGAUUUAG